CGAGGACUAGGAGGGAACGUGCUAGGCGAAGAAGGCAAAAUGAUGCCUAACCACCAACCUGCGGUCCUGGGGGCACAAUCACCGUAUCUGAACCCGGGUCAGCCAUUUAACGUAGGCUUUGGAGGAUCGAUCCCAGGCCCAGGAGGAUCGAUCCCAGGCCCAGGAGGAUCGAUCCCAGGCCCAGGAGGAUCGAUCCCGGGCACAAUUACUUGCCAUAUCUGUGGGAAGACAGGACACUACGCCAGGAACUGCUGGCAAGCUCAAGAGCGAUCGACGCAGACUUCCGACAAUGAUUCUGAGAUGAGAGAAUAUUUCAAGAGAGCGAUCCAGAGGGAGAAAGAGGAGAAUGAACGGAGAAUGCGGGAGGAGGCAGAUAGGAGGAGGUACGAAGAAGAGCAGCGAAGAGAAUCGGAGAAAUUAAGGGAGGCUGAAGCCAGAGAAGCAAGAUUGAAACAAACUAUCACUAGGCUUCUCACACAACAGAAGAAAGCUGCGUUACCUAUGAUGGAAACAGGAGUUCGGAAGAGGUCACCAAGAUCGAAAGCCAGGAUGCUGCGGGAGAUCCGCAGCUACAUAAACAAAUCUGAUGAUGACAGCGAUGAGGUCAAAGAGGAGGCAAGUAAGUUAAUCGACGCGAUUGAGAAUCGAAAGAGGGAGGGAAAAAGAAGGAAGGAUUCACCUGAUCCUGAGCUGUCGAUGAAGAAGAAGAACAUCCACGUAGCGACCAUUGAAGAACCGCAGGAGGAACUGAGCAUUCCCAAGAAGAAUCUAGCCGUGGGCUGCUCGAAUGAAGGGAUGCUCGAGUAUGCAUUGGAAGUGCAUAGGCGGCUAUCCGCGAAGAAGGUAGCUGAGCUCUGGAAAUUGUGCGGAAAAGAAGGCCUUCAAUGUGCUCGGAAAGACGAAAUGGUGUGUGAGUUAGUUAGAUGCAAAACAAGGCUCGCGUACGAAGGCUUCAUGGAGCAAGCCACGUCGAACAUGGGAGGUAAGUAGACAUGGAUGAUUUGAGAAGCGUGAUGGUAAGUAGAUUGGAGUUUAUGGGGGUAGGAGGGAGGCUGGUUCACUUAGAAGCCGAGAAUGAAGUCACUCGUUGUUU